AUGGCACGUAUUGAUAAUAAAAAAGUAGAAUUUGUUCAUCGAGAAAGUGAAUCAGAUUGUCGAACAUUCAGAACUGGAUCUAUGGGAGAAAAAGAACAACAUAUAAGUCGGUUUCGUCGAUUAACAUCUGGUAGUCUUCGUCAUAAAAGUCGUGGUAGUCAAGUACCAAUAAUAAAAACCGAUUUUAUUGAACCUGUACAUAAUAUAGAUCCAUUACAUACAUACUUUAAUUCUGAUACUGAAGUAAGUGACUCAGGUGUACCUCGAAUAAAUGAUAACUCUUAUAUCAGUAAUACACGUAGACCUAAAAGAUACAGACGUUCAUGUCGUUCUGCUUAUGAAACACCUAAUUAUUCUACUGCUUUAGGACCAUUAAGAGAAAAACAUAAACUUAGUCCAUUGGAACGUAUAUUUUUAGAAGCAGCAGAACGAGGUGAUAAAUCUACCCUGAUCCGAUGUUUAUCAUUUUCAAGUGGUGUAAAUGUUAAUUGUGUUAACAUGUUGGGUCGUACAGCAAUUCAAAUUGCAGUUGAUAAUGAAAACAUUGAAUUAGUUGAAUUACUUCUUGAACAACCUGGUAUAGAAAUUGGUGAUGCAAUAUUGUAUGCUAUUCAAGAAGGUGUUUAUCGAAUAGUUGAAAUGUUAAUUGAUCAUCCAUCAAUCACUAAAGAAAUGUUAGGUACAUCAUGGACAACACAGUGUAUUGGAAUCGGUAAGCGAGAAGAAGAGAGUCAUGACUUUUCUGCUGAUAUUUCUCCAGUUAUGUUGGCUGCAAUUUGUAAUCAAUUUGAAAUUUUACAAUUACUUAUAAAUCGUGGUGCCAGAAUAGAAGAACCACAUAAAUCAUCAUGUUCCUGUGAACAUUGUCAUCGACUACUUACAGAUGAUCCACUGAAGCAUACUCUUCAAAGAAUAAAUACAUAUAGAGCACUUGCUAGUCCAGCAUGGAUAUCGUUGACAUCUCCUGACCCUAUACUAACUGCAUUCGAAUUAUCUUCAGAGCUUCUUCAUUUGGCAUCACGUGAAAAUGAGUUCAAAGAAACAUUCUUAUCAUUAUGUGAACAAUGUAGGAAAUAUGCUUGUGAUUUAUUAGAUCUAUGCAGAGGAACAGGUGAAGUUGUCGCUGUACUCAGUAAAGGGACUGAUAGCGAUGAAAGUCUAAGUGAUAUUAGCAGUGAUGAGUCAGAUGAUCUGCAAGGAGUAAUAAAAACACACAAUCUGUUUCCACCUACAAAUCAUAUUUCUACAUCUUAUUACUCUCCAAAUCGCCAAAUUCACCAAACAAAUCGUAGUCAUCUUGAUCUAAUAAAUAAUCAAUCUGAAAAUAAUCAAAAUUAUUUAAAUAAUGGAAAUGAUUGGCGUGAAUUAUUAGAUAGAACAUAUAUUUCUAAAAAACGACAUCAUAGACGUUAUACAACAUGGAAUCAUCCUACUUAUUCAUGUGCAAAAUUUAAUCAAACAUUAAGUAUAGAAAGUUCAAAUCAUGAUGAAAUAAAUAGUAAUGAAAAUUUGCAUCCAUCUACUAGUAAAAUUAAUGAAUUAUAUGAUCCAGAUAAUCAACUUACUUAUAAAGAUCAUUUAGAAACAACAAAUAAUGUAUAUUCAUCUACCAGAUCACCUAUAACACUCAAUAAUAAUAAUAAUACUUCUAGUUUGUAUCCAUGUAAUAUAAAAGAAAACAAUGAUACUAAUAGUAAUAUUAUAAUAGAACCCAAUUCAAAUGAGAAUGUAUCAACAAUGUUAAUGACAUCAGAACCAUGUUCAUCUAUAUUUUUUGAACGUAAACGUAAUAGUUUCGAUUGGGAAUCACCAAUAUGUAGUUUUAAUCAACAAACUCAAUUAAAUAAUAAUAAUUAUAAUACAAUAAAUUCAAAACAAACUAUUUUCAAAGGAAAUAAAUCAACUCAUCAUUCAAUAUGUUGUUGUUGUUGUAAUUGUUGUUAUUCAUCUAAUUAUAAUGAUUGUCAUUAUUCAAAAUCAUCCAUUAAGAAUAGUAAUGUCAAUCGUUUAAGUAUUAAUAAUAAUAAAUCAUCCACUUCGCAAUUGGAAACUAUUGAAACAUCUGAUAUUAUUGGUAUUAGACAACAGAGGAAAUUUUAUUCAUUUAAAUUAGAUCGUUUAAAAUUAGCCAUUAAACAUGAACAGAAAAAAGUAAGUAGUAAAUGA